GGUAUUGCAUGCUCUAGUAGAAAUAAGAAUGACCGCUUCAGAUUGAACAGGAAUAUACUGUUACAGGGCUUAGUAUCAUUCAAGGAUGUGGCUGUGGAUUUCACUCAGGAGGAGUGGCAGCAACUGGACCCUGCUCAGAGGACCCUGUAUAGGGAUGUGAUGCUGGAGAACUACAGCCAUCUGGUCUCAAUGGGGCAUCCAGUCUCCAAACCCGAUGUAAUCUCCAAGUUGGAACAAGGAGAAGAUCCAUGGAUCAUUAAGAGAGACAUAUCAAAUUGGAUUUAUCCAGACAGGAAGAGUAACCUUGAAAACCCCAAAUCAUGUAUUUUUGGGUCUUUUUCCUUCCAUAAUAAGACACUGAAAGGAGUCACAAAGGGUGGUUCAUUGUACUCCAUUUUAAAAGUAUGUCAUGUUGAUGGCCAGCUGCAGAGAUGUCCACAAAAUCAAGACAGACUUUUCAGUCAAGUAACAGUUAUCAGUAAUAACAGAGUGACUGUGGAGGCAGGCCAUAAAUAUAAGGCAUUGGGGAAAGUGUUUCAAGCAUUCAUAGAGCCAGAUACUUCAAGACAAAGACCCCAUAACUAUGAUGAAUUUAAAAAGUACUUGAAAUCUAGUAUUGACCCAUCUAGUUGUAAUGAGAUUGGUUCAAGAAAACAUCCUGAUGAGAGAUUUGGAUGUGAAAAAUCAUCUAGCCACAAUGUGUCCAAUUCUAAUCUUGAGGAAAUUCAAAAUGGAGUAAUACCCUGUGAUGGUAAAAACAUUUUAACUAGACAAUCUCUUCUUCAUUAUAAGAAUGUUGAAACUAAAGAGAAAACUUGUGUAUGUAUUACAUGUGGAAAAGGCUUUGCUAAGAAGUUACAGCUUAUUGUACAUCAACGAAUCCAUACUGGAAAGAAACCAUAUGAUUGUGGUGCAUGUGGGAAAGGGUUCAGUGAGAAGUUUCAUCUCAUUGUACAUCAGAGAACUCAUACAGGGGAGAAACCUUAUGAAUGUUCUGAAUGUGGAAAAGCCUUCUCUCAAAAAUCAUCUCUCAUUAUACAUCAGAGAGUCCAUACUGGGGAAAAACCUUAUGAAUGUAGUGACUGUGGGAAAGCCUUCUCCCAGAAAUCACCCCUCAUUAUACAUCAGAGAAUCCACACUGGAGAGAAACCUUAUGAAUGCAGAGAGUGUGGUAAGGCCUUCUCCCAGAAGUCACAACUGAUUAUACAUCAUAGAACUCAUACUGGAGAGAAGCCAUAUGAGUGUACUGAAUGUGGAAAAGCCUUCUGUGAGAAGUCCCACCUCAUUAUACAUAAAAGAAUUCACACUGGAGAGAAACCCUACAAAUGUGCUCAAUGUACAGAAGCCUUCAGCAGUAAGACAGAACUCAUCACACACCAGUUACUUCAUACUGGGGAGAAACCUUAUGAAUGUACCGAAUGUGGGAAGACCUUCUCCCGGAAGUCACAGCUCAUCAUACAUCAGAGAACACAUACUGGAGAGAAACCCUACCAAUGCAAUGAAUGUGGAAAGGCCUUCUGUCAGAAAUCACAUCUCAUUGGACAUCAGAGAGUUCACACAGGAGAAAAACCUUAUAUAUGUACUGAAUGUGGGAAAGCCUUCUCUCAGAAGUCCCACCUCCCAGGACAUCAGCGAAUUCAUACAGGAGAGAAGCCUUACAUGUGCGCUGAAUGUGGAAAGGCCUUUUCUCAAAAGUCAGACCUUGUUUUACAUCAGAGAAUUCAUACUGGGGAAAGACCCUAUCAGUGUGCUACAUGUGGAAAAGCCUUCAUACAGAAGUCACAACUCACUGUGCACCAGAGAAUUCAUAACAGUGGCAAAACCAUAAUGAAGUGAACACAGAAAAGCUUUCAGUAUUAGCUCAAGCCUUAAUAAAUACUAGAAACCUGAGCAAUUUGAUAAAUUUGUGGAAGACAUCAUUAUACAUAAAAUUUUACAAA